UAAGACAUCAAUAUCAAUUAAAGGGUCCCUCUCUCUUUCUCUCUCUCUCCCUCUCUCUCUCCCCCCUUUGCUUUUGCUCUUAUUUUAUGCACUGUACCUUUCCUCCUCUCUCUUCUCCUCUCUGCCUUUUUCCCCCUUCACUCAAAAACCCACUCCCUUUCCUUUCCUUUCCUUUCUGCUAAAACAUUACCCCAAAAAAAGAGACAUUCCCAGUUUCCUUUCCUUUUCAUCUUCUUUCUCUCCACACCUUUGAAUUAGGGUUCUUCUCCCACUCUCUUCAGUCUUCACCACCAUUGUUGAAACGUCACAACAUUCUCCAUAGCUUCACCCUUCUUCGGAUCAGCUCAAAUGGGUAAGCACAAACUUCUCUUGCUGGCCCUCACUCUCCACCUUCUCCAUGUCUCAGCUGCACCUUCCGCUACUUCCCCAGCAAAAAUUGUUAGUGGGUUUCUCUCCAAUGCCGUGCCUGCUUUCACCAAGUGGGUGUGGUCGCUCAAGGCCACCACCAAAACGGCGGUUUCGAGCAGGUCGAUGAUGAAGUUCGAGAGUGGGUACAACGUGGAGACUGUGUUUGAUGGAAGCAAGCUUGGGAUCGAGCCUUAUGCUGUGGAGGUGUUGCCCAAUGGGGAGCUUCUCAUUCUUGAUUCGGCUAAUAGUAACAUUUAUAGGAUUUCAUCCUCGCUUUCUUUGUACAGCCGACCCAAGCUGGUUGCAGGAUCAGCUGAAGGGUAUUCUGGGCAUGUUGAUGGAAAACUCAGGGAGGCUAGGAUGAGUCACCCAAAGGGGAUAACUGUUGAUGACCGAGGAAAUAUUUAUGUUGCAGAUACUACGAAUAUGGCAAUUAGGAAAAUUAGUGAUUCAGGGGUCACGACAAUUGCUGGUGGAAAAUGGAGCCGCGGAGGGGGCCAUGUUGAUGGACCAAGUGAAGAAGCUAAAUUUUCUGGUGACUUUGAUGUGGCUUAUGUUGGAAGUAGCUGUUCGCUACUCGUCAUAGACAGAGGAAACCGAGCCAUCAGGGAGAUCCAACUCCAUUUUGAUGAUUGUGCUUAUCAAUAUGGCAGUGGAUUCCCACUUGGGAUUGCAAUGCUUGUUGGGGCUGGAUUCUUUGGUUACAUGCUGGCAUUACUGCAGCGUAGGCUUGGUACAAUUGUGUCAUCCCAGGAAGCUCAGGUUCCAGUAACAGUAACAUCUUCGGUUCCUCCAAGUCCAUAUCAAAAGCCCUUUAAAUCUGUCAGGCCUCCUUUAAUUCCAGCAGAAUGUGAACCUGACAAGCAGGAAGAAGGUUUCUUCGGAUCCCUUGGGAAGCUUAUUGCCAACACCGGUGUGUCAAUGGUGGAGAUAAUGGGAGGACUAUUUCCUUCUUUCAGAAGAAAAUCCCUGAGCUACCAAUUUCAACGACAACCACUUAUCCAGCAACCUCAGAAGCAAGUUAAUGCUUGGCCGGUGCAGGAAAGCUUUGUGAUCCCCGACGAAGACCAGCCCCCUUCCAUCGACACAAGGGCCCCAACCCCACGAAAAACCUAUCCUUUCAUGUCCAAGGAUGCAGAGAAAAUGCAACAACUGCGACAAAGCCGAGCAUUCUACAGCGGAUGGGAUGGAGAUCUCCAGCAGCAACAGCAACAGAAACACCAUCAUCGCCAUCAGUACCGCUCGUCAAUCCCUCACACUUACUAUGAGCAGAGCCAUGAGACAACCAAUGAAAUAGUAUUUGGGGCAGUGCAGGAGCAGGAUAGGAAGCAGGAAUCUGUGGUUAUCAAGCCUGUGGAUUAUGGGGAAUCAAUGUAUGAACAAAAUAUUCGGUCUAGAAUGAGUUCCAUGGGUUAUGGUUACAGGUAUUGAGUAUAUAACAGCUAGGAAGUUUAGAUUUUUAGAAGUAAUGAUCUCAAUGGAGAGGGAAGAAUGAAAUCAGGUAUAGGUAGUGGUAUAAUUAAUGAUUUCUUUCAGUGAGAUAUUAGUAAGAGGAAGGCGGUGGUGCUGAUCAUAAUGUUAAUUGUUUUAUUCAGUUCUGCCAAAUGGAGGUUGCUAUGGUGUGUAGUGUAAGAAGCAACUCUGGCAAUCAUGAGGGUGGGGAGGGAUCAAGAAAUUUUGCAUGCUAUAUUCUUCUGAUGAUCUCAUUAUGUUUAAAUGUCCAAUAGUACUCUGAAAAAAAUUGUAAUUUCUUUCUUUCUGUUCUUUAAUUACAUUUCCUAAAGACUAAAA